AUGCACAACAUAUUUGGGGAGAGACAUUCCUAUUUCGCCGCUCGAAACUUCGAGGCUGAGGCCAAGCACAUACAGGAUCGAAACUCGGAUAACCAAAAGCUUCAACUAACUCAAGUCAAGGCAACAGUACAAAAGGAAUUCCAUGUGUCGCCAUUCAAUUCUCGCAAGGGUUCUUACUCGGUACUUGCGAGCGAUCCUCUUGGACCUGACAUGUGCGGGUUUCGUGAACUCGACAUUACCGUCAAUCUCUUCUCGUCCAAAGGCUAUCCAAAGCUUGUGGCAAAGUUGGUUUCCGAAAAGCAAGCAAUUGAUCCACGUGAGAUGAGUGUUGUCCAGAAGGCCAGCUUCAUCUUGACUUGGUUUUGGUCAGCAGUUGCUACCCUUCCUCGAUUCAUCAAGGAGUGUGCCGUUCUUCUGUACAGACACAAUCUUCACUUUUGGUACCGACCCGAACCUCGAAAAAACAGUAUAGGUCGGCCAAGCAGUGACACCGAGAAGGUUCUUGAAAGAGUGUUUCGCGCAUAUCUCCGGAACCUUGUCGAGCGAUCGCCUACGCCAGUCGUCGUUCGAUACACGCCUAGCGGAGAUGCUGAAGUCUCUGAAGAGGUAUUGAGAUCGCCUUUGGCAACCCAUUCAAGCGAACCUGCAGGCGAGAUCAAGAUCAAGAUUUUGACACCAGUCUUUUAUUCACGAUUUGUUCAUUAUGCGCAUGAUUCAGAGGCUGUCUUUUGUGAGCUUGCUGAAAGCUGCACAUUUUGGACCGACAAGCCCGAGCAAUUGACAAACAUAUUUUUGAAGAAGGGAUCACCGUCUCUUCAUACGUCAAGUAUCAUCGAAUAUGCUUGGUUUCAGCUCAUCAAGAGCAUGAGACGCCGACCGCGAAAGAUCGAAAGACCUUUGACAUCUGUAGGCAAAUCGCCACCCCCGACUGCCGGCAUUGACAUUCGAGGUUUUCGCAUUUCAUCUAUAGACGCCUUUGUACUUGGGCAAGAAGAUGCCGAAGCGAAGAGGGCGUACAGAAAGGCAGUCCUUCGAGUAUUUGUGGCCGACCGCAUCACUUUUGGAAGUACGGCCCUGCUUGGCAUGAUGGAGCUUCUGGGAAGAGCAGGCAUCUCAUGGACCCUAGCGUUUCUUAUCGCUCAUGACUUCUCAUGA